AUGGACCAUGGAGAAAAUGAGGUGGGACUGAUGAAUGAAACCUUAGAUGGUGAAUCUUUCAUUGAAAUACAAAUCAACAAACCAGCAACCGGAAUGAGCAUACCUUCUCCUUCUCCAUCUCCCAGUAAUGAAAUGCAGACAGCAACGAUCUUCUCAUCGGCCUCUAGCUGCUUCUCUACAUACAGCAGCAUGACGAAGUUGAUGAUGAAACUGGGGUGUUCGAGUAUUGUGGAAGUUAUAAGGGAGAAAGUCAACGUGGGAGAAAAAUGGGUCCUCAAAUUUAUUCACGGACGACGAAGCAAGAGCUCCCUUCAUUAUUACAGCGAAGGCAGCAUCAAUUACAGCGAGGAAACAUUAACAGAAGACUCCCUCAAGGCAGCCAUCGCUUACUGCAAUGCAUCCUCGCUCUCCCGUCCACAAACUUAAUUAACACUCUUUCUAUAGUUAUUGUUGUUGACUAGAGGCAGGAUUACCAGUGUCGGUAAUCACAUAAGAAACAAAUAUUUGGGUCUUGGGUCCAAUCUAAUGGUACCAUGCAUGUAUCAGCUUGUUUAAUAUUUU